AUGAGUGACGAGGUGACUUCGCCCGGCUUUUUCGGCAGAUCCGGUAUCCUAGAGACGUACGUUCGCGGCAAUUGGUACCGCGUGUUCGUGACUUUGGAAGAAGAUUAUCUCAGCAUCACCCUAGACGAAUCCUACGAGAAUACGACCACUCUGAACGGCACUUUGAACAAUAAUAUCGAAACGCCGAGCGGUGUCAGUGAUUUACCUGAAAUACCGGAAGCCGUAGCCAAUCAGAAACGUUUAGUGCGUGUCAUCAAAUCGGAAAAUAACGGUUUGGGCAUAUCAAUCAAAGGCGGCAAGGAGAACAAGAUGCCGAUACUGAUUAGUAAGAUAUUUAAGGGGAUGGCGGCCGAUCAGACGGAGCAGCUGUACGUAGGGGAUGCUAUUUUAUCGGUGAACGGAGACGAUUUGAGGGAGGCCACGCACGAAGAGGCCGUGAAGGCGCUCAAGAGAGCCGGGAAGGUUGUCGAGUUAGAAGUUAAAUACCUCAGAGAAGUUACACCGUACUUCCGAAAAGCCAGUAUAAUCUCCGAAGUGGGCUGGGAGUUGCAGCGAGGAUUCCUAUCGGGAGCUCCACCUGUUGUAAGGUCACCGCAACGAGCAGACACUAGAUACCUUCCCCUCCAAUUAUGCCAUCUGGCGAGGAACUUCAGAUUUCCCGAUCCAGAAAAUCGUACAUUAGAAUUACAUUCCCCAGACGCCAUCCAUACCUGCGUGCUUCGAGCGUCUGACCCACCAGAAUCCAUAGCUUGGUUCAACACCCUCCAUUCGGCGUUAUCCAUUUUAACCACCGCUGCUCUCCAUGAUGCUUCCAGAGCGAUUCCCGAUUUGAGGUAUAUUGGAUGGUUAUUGAGAAGGCCGAGAUCAGAGACCCUAUCAAGUUCAGAAUCCUCCGAAGACAUGGACAGAUGGUCAUCCAUCUUCGCAGCCGUGACGGACAGCGAGCUACGCUUCUACGAAAGCGCGCCGUGGUCUGGAGAAGCGUGGCGAGCCCCGGCCGAAGCCUACUCGUUGAUAGCCACUCGUCUAGUGGGAUCUGGCAAGAAAGCGGAUCUACCCGAGUUUAGUAUAAGAUGCGCGACAGCAGAGGGCGUUAUUACACAUACGCUGAGGGCGGAAACGCACAGAGAUUUAGCAGCGUGGGCGAAAGCUUUAAUUAAUGGUAGUCAUGCUAGUGCUGUGACGCAGAGGGAGUUAGUGUGUAGGUGCGUUUGGAAAGGUCGACCUGUCCAGUUAGUCAUCCACUACGAAAACGGUUUCACCUUGUUGGAAGCAGGGACGGGAUCGAAAACAUUGUGGAGGUAUCCGUUCGAUAGGUUACGAAACUCAUCGGACGACGGGAAGAGGUACCUUUGGCUGGAUUUCGGUAUCGAGGGCGAAGGAGACGUCGAACUCGACUUGGAAGGAUGUCCGAAGCCAAUUGUCUUCAUUUUACACAACUUCUUAUCUGCCAAAAUUCAUCGACUAGGCCUGACAGCCUAA